GCAGUAGAUCUCGUCUCCUUUGUCGACAUCCACCAUUUGGUUCCCGAAGGCUUUAACCAUGGCUGCCGUGAGGUCACCCAUCACGACCCUUCCCCUGGCCGGCCGCGUGGCCAUCGUCACCGGCGCCUCGCGCGGGAUCGGCCGUGCCAUAGCCGUUCACCUCGCAUCCCUCGGCGCCCGCCUCGUCCUGAACUACUCCUCCAGCUCCUCGCAAGCCGACCUCCUCGCCACCGAGCUCAAUUCUUCCUCCCCAUCUUCCUAUCCCUGCGCUGUCGCCGUCCGGGCCAACGUCUCCGACCAAGCGGAUGUCAAGUCCCUCUUCGACCGGGCCGAGUCCUUCUUCGGCACCCAAGCCCACAUCCUCGUCGCAAACGCCGGAUUGCUCGACUCGAAGUAUCCGUCUCUCGUCGACACCACCGUCGAGGACUGGGACUCCACCUUCGCCGUCAACGCCCGCGGCGCCUUCUUCUGCUGCCGGGAGGCAGCCAACCGCCUCCAGCGGGGCGGCGGCGGCCGGAUCGUGACAGUUUCGUCGUCGCUGGUGGGGGCGCUGAGGCCGGGGUACGGGGCGUACACGGCGUCGAAGGCGGCGGUUGAGGCGAUGACGAGGAUCCUGGCGAAGGAGCUGAGGGGGACGGGGAUCACCGCCAACUGCGUGGCGCCGGGGCCGGUGGCGACGGAGCUCUUCUUCGCGGGGAAGAGCGAGGAGGUCGUGCGGCAGGCCGCGGAGCUGAGCCCGCUGGGCCGGCUGGGGCAGCCGGAGGACGUGGCGGGGUUGGUGGGUUUCCUGUGCACGGAUGCCGGGGAGUGGGUGGAUGGGCAGGUCGUCCGAGCGAACGGAGGCUUCAUCUAAUUAAUAAUGAUUGAGUCAUUUAUUUACCAAAACAUAAUUGAGUCAUUUCUCAUUUAUCUUGCAGGUGAUAGUUGGGAUCUUUUUUUUUUUUGAGUAAAGGAGUGAUGGUGGGUUUUUGUCGUAAGUUUAUAAUUAUAAUGUAAUUGAGAGCUUUUGUUUGAUGGGAUCUCAUAGGUUGUUUCAUUGAUAAGUGUUCCAGUGAUACUUAUUGACCAUUAUACCAGAAAAUAGUAGAAUAAUUCUGCCGUUUGGUUGGAA